AAUUCAAAUCUGAUACCUUCUCGUCUGCCAUGUUCUCUCCAGAGGCGCAAGAACCAGAUCACCUGGACGUCGAACCAGAGGAGUGGACCGGACCACCUCCUCCAUGCGCACAAGGCCACAGCUCCACGCUAUCUCUACCAACUCACGAAGGCGGUGCCAUCUGCCUCCUUUGUCUCUCCAAUCUCAUCUCCAAUCCUCGUUCUCCAACUCUUCAUGUCUCCUACGCGCUCUCCCAGCUCUCCCACGCGCUCUCCCAGCCUCAAUUCCUCCAGUGCCUUCUCUCCUCCCAUCCUCACUUCCUCCUGUCCCCUCUCCUCCAUGCAAUCUCAUGCUUUGACGAUGAUCCCAUCGCUCAUCAACUUAUCAACCUCAUCUCCCUGCUUUCCGCCCAUUCCUCUGACAUUUGCGCCGAAUUUGUUGCCAAGCUAGCCGGCUUACUGUCCUCCGGUUCCUUGGCGUGGAGUCGCAGGCAGCUUUAUGUGCUUCAUUGUUUUGGGGUUAUACUGAACUCUCAGAUUACCGAUCUCUAUGUGCACAUUAAAGACAAGGACUGUCUUGUAUCCAACCUUGUUGCAGGUCUUCAAUUGCCAAGCGAGGAGAUUCGCGGAGAGAUCCUUUUUGUUUUAUAUAAGCUAUGCGCCCUGCAAUACAUGACAAAUGAUGGUGAUCACGGGGCUGAUUUUCUUCUUGAAUUUUGCCCUAAGCUCUUGCAGCUUUCCUUGGAAGCCCUUAUGAAGACUCACUGUGACGAUGUUCGGUUGAAUUGUAUAGCACUUUUGACUAUCUUGGUAAAACAAGGUCUUUUCAGUAAUGUAUAUGCAAAUGACAUCUCCAGCAUGAGCUCCAAUGAAGAAGACAACUUCAUGCAAAGUACUGAAGAUGAAGCACUAGGGCCUUCUAUGAAUCUCUUGUUUGCUGAGGCCAUCAAAGGUCCAUUGCUUUCAACAGACAGCCAAGUCCAAAUUAGCACGCUUGAUCUACUCUUCCAUUAUCUGUCUCGCGAGAGUGCGUCAAUCAAACAGAUAAAAGUUUUGGUGGAAGAAAAUGUUGCUGACUAUGUAUUUGAAAUAUUAAGAUUGUCAGACUGUAAGGAUCCUGUAGUCAACUGUUCCAUUCGGGUCCUUGAUCUUUUCUCCAGAGCUGAAGCUUUCAAACCUAGAUUAGUUGUUGGAUUUGCUGCUCUAAUGCCAAUAUUACAUUAUGUAGCUGAACUUCCUUUUCACCCUGUUCAAACUGAGACAUUGAAGCUUGUAUGGAGCUGCAUUUCUGAUUAUCCUGGGAUAGCAUCAGCUUCUCAUGUUCAGGAAAUAGUUCUUGGUUUGACAAGGAUGUUAAAAAAGUAUUCUGAUGGAGAAAUGGGGUUGCUUCCAGAGGCUUUUUUAGCAUGUUGUUCAAUCUUUGUUUCCCUUCUGAAAAUUCCAUCUUUCUAUGAAAAAACUGAUCUAGUAAUGUCGGUACAAGAAGCAUCUAGAAAUGCCAUUUUAGCUUGUUUAAAUGCCCCCGAGAAAGAUCCAAAUCAACUCUUGUACGCCUUAUGCCUCCUCAGAGAGGUAUAUGCAUGUAGUCGGGUUGAAGAGUUUUUAGCCAACUCUGGUACUGUGGCACUAGGAAAAUAUAUUCUUGAUGUGUGUGCAUCACAUCUGUUACCUUGGUUUUUAACUGCCAUCAAUGAGAUGAAUGAGGAAACUAUUCUUGGGGUGCUGGAAACAUUUCAUCAUGUACUGCUUCAGGAUUCUGACACCCAAGCCAAGAAAUUUGCAAAUAUUCUGGCUUCAGCAUCUUGGUUCAGUUUUUCAUUUGGAUGUCUCGGUUCUUUUUCUACGGAGAAGAUGAAAUGGAGGGUAUAUCUAAUUCUCAGUUCGCUUGCGGAUGUUCUCUUAGAAAACAACAGUGGACAACCCAUUAGAGACGCUGCUUCUUGUCUUCCAUCUGAUCCUAUUGAUUUACUAUUUCUGCUCGGGCAGAAGAAUUCUGACAACUUAGAAUUGUCUUCUUGCCAAUCUGCAGUUUUGAUGAUUUUGCAUACCAGCUCUUUAUAUGGUGACAGGCUUGCAGAUGAUAAAUCGGUGUUAGCUUCCCUGGAACAAUAUAUUCAUCUCAACAGUACAGAUCUUAUUUGUAGGGAAUCUGAUUCCUCAACAACAUCGUGUUUGGUUAAUCUUUAUGGUCUGUACAGGAGUCUGGGAAACACGAGCUACCAAAUCCCUUAUAGCCCUGAAGUUGAGAGGAUACUCUUUCAUUUAUUGAGCGAGAAUGAAUGGGAUUUAGCUUCUGCAGUAAUGCACCCAAUAUCAUUGCAAUGGCUGUUUCAGCAAGAGAAACUCAUCAAGCCUUUAUCUUAUCAAAUUCUGAAAUUUUGCCAAAACAAUAGCUCGAAUAGGAAUCAUAUGAUCAUCUACGGAAACGAAAGUCAGAGAAUAGAUGUACAAAUGAUCUCUGAAUUGGUAGCAGCAGGAGACAAUUAUGCAGCAACAUCUUUAGUGUGCUUAUUUAUGCAGCUUGUUCAGGAAGAAGGGCAAGAAUAUGACAUAAUAUUGGCUCUAAAUCUGAUAUCAUCGACCAUUUUCAUACUUCCUGCUGCCUCAGACCAACUAUGUUCACACGAGAUAGCCAAUGCAAUCCGGAAUCUCAGUUACAGUUCAAUCUAUUCUUCUUCCCAACAAAUAUUCACAGCCAUCUUACCUUUAAUAUUUAACAUAUUAUGUUCUGCAAGUCCUGAAGCACUUUCUAAUGAUGAAUCUUGGGUUGCAGUGACUGUGAAGUUGAUUGACAACUUAGUCACCAGGGGGUCUGUAAAUGGCUGGAGUCAUGAAGGUCUUCUGGUAAUUGGGAUUCUUGGAUUGAUUUUGUACCGAUCCACAAACAACUCCCUUGUAGAAGCUUCAAGAAGCAUAGUUUUGAAUUCAUCUUUGGUCUCUGCAAUCAACAGCAACAUCAAUGCUGCUUGCUCAAAAGGACCGGCUUUAAUUCAAUAUGAUGAGGGAACAAGCAUGGGGAAAAAUCUAACAUUCAUGCUGUUACUUUAUUAUUUUUUGCUAAAAAGUUUGCCUAUAGUUCUACCAGGGGCUAUGGACUGGCAAUCUUUCUUUGAUCCGUCUAACAAGGUGCAACAACUACUUUCCACUAUAAAUGUCAGUUGCCAUGAGUUGUGCAGGCUGAUGACUUUUGGGCCUCCACUAAUUAAGCUUGUCACUUCAUAUUGCCUUUUGGAGUUAAUUACCAGACUGUCAGAACAGAUAGAUAUAAAACAUGAGGAGCUAAAAUGCCCUGUGGCUUACCUAGAAUCUGUAAUGGCUGUAUUAGAAGGCCUGGUCUUUUACACCGACACUAGAGUGGCUAUGAACUGUGCUAUCUGCUUGUCAAAGAUUUUAGGAUGGGAAAAGUUGGUCGUGCAGGGUUCAAAGAAUAACUGGUGUAGGUUAAUCGUGGAAGAGAUGGCAAUAUCUUUGGGGAUUCCAUGUUUAGCAUCAAACUCUUACAGUAAUCAUAAUAAGCCUGCAGUUCAUGUAACUGUCGCAUUGCUAAAACUCCAAAAUUCUCCUGGGUGGAUGAGAACUGUCUUUGAUGAUCCAUCUAUAACUGGCAUAAUUGAAAACCUCGCCACAACAAAUAUCAGUGCUGAGACAGUACUUCUAUUUCGAGAACUUCUGAAUUCUGAAUUCUUGAAUGCUGAGCAAAUUGCUGGGCUAAAUCACCUGCUCCAGGCAUGCAGGAAACGUAUCUAUACCAACAGUACUCAAGCUGAGCGGACUAAUGAGCUUCACGUACCUAGGAUUUGCUGCUCACCAGAUGAUCUGGGACAAGUUUGUGAAUCUCUCAUUCACUUGAUGUCAUCCGUGUCACCGCUGGAUACCAAUUCUGACUACGAGAAUAGAACCUUGUUGGAUGAAAUAGAAUUGUUUUUCAGGACUUUAACAGUAGAGGAUGGUAGCUGAGCAAAUAAUUAGUAAGAGUUGAUGCUUCUG